GGAAUUGUUUGUAAUAAAUUCAUAAAUUACGUUAAGUUUUUAGGUUAUAAUAAAUAAUAAUUCGAAAGCCAAAUUUCUAUAACAACCCAUGAGAAAAUAAAUAAAUAACUUUGUCAUGUGACAACCAGUAACUAAUAACUAUUUUGUAGGCAUACAAUUGUAUAAUAUUUUUGUGGAGUUGUCUGUGUUGCUUUUACCAUUCGUAACAGUAACAUUAAAGGUAAUAACUUUCUCGUACCUAUAUUUUAUAAAAUCUUUACGUAAAAGACAGUAAUGGCUGAUCCUCGUAUUAAGACAUUAAAGAUCAAAACGGGAGUAGUGAAAAGAUUAACAAAAGAGAAACUUAUGUAUAUACAAGAAACAGAUCAACAACAGGAAAAGGUUGAGAAAUUGAAAAAGGCUGGAAUUGACGAGAAUACUCUUAAGAAGCAAGAAGAAGUUCUAAGGGAGUCACAGAUGAUGAUACCAGAUACUCAGAGAAGAUUAAAAGCUGCAUUUGAAGAAUUGAAAAGUAUUGUAGCUGAUUGUGAAGAGCUAAAAGAAGAGCAAGAUUAUUUGAACGCUCAAAAGUUUUUAGCUGAGGCUGAAAAAGAAAUGAAUUAAUUCGUUUCUAUAAUUUAACUAUUUUAUACAUUUAAAACACUAACAUUUUUUUUCCUUAAUUAAAAAACUAUUAUUCAAACUUUUUUUAUUAUCUUUAAGAUGUCUGAACAAGAUAUUCAUAACAACAUAUAUUCUGAGGCGAACGCUAACAAUUUCUGGUUAACACGUCCCCCACCUCCUUUUAUGCCACCCCCACCUAUUCAACCAAUGUAUAAUUCAGAUUAUAAAAUGCCUUUAAUUUCCCCACAUCUAUUUCCAUGUAAUAAACCAGCACAAAACUAUUAUAUGCCUUAUGAUGGCAAUAUUAGUAAUCAAUACUAUCAAGACCAAUAUGUACCAUCUAAUCAGAAUAUAAGCAAUUCAUUUUCAUCUCUUCCGGACAAUAUUGAUGAAGAAUACAUCCUCCAAUAUGUAUGUCCUAUACCAAAAUCUUUAAAAGAUGAUACUAGUAUUUGGAUUGAAAAGUGGUUAGCCAGCAAAGAAAAAGAUAUUGCAAUUAAGAAUGUAAAUUCAACAAAUUUAAUAGAGAUUAACCAAAUCAGCAAUAGUGUGAAAGAAUGUAAACAAUUAUUAGAAAACAUGGGUAUAAAAAAAAAAUAUAUGGAGCAGAAUGUAUCAACUAUGACAGAAGCUGAAUGGAUAAAAGCUUGUUCGGAUUUAAUCUCAAAUAAAAAACGCAUAGAUACAAUAGUAGCAACAUUACAUUUUGAUACUAGCUCAAUGUCUGAAUUAAAAUUUCGAAUAGCCAAAAGAAGAAAAAAAAGGGAAAGAUUAAGGAGAUUUAAAUCCAACCUAAAAAUUAUUAAAUCCCAACAAAAAGAUGAAAUAAGAGAAAUAAACAGAAAGAUUGAUGCUUGGCAAAAUGCCUUAAAGGAAAAUAUAUUAAAAGAAAAAAGAGUUAACAAAACUAAGACCGAGGCUAACAUUGUCUUGAAAGGAGUUAGAGGAAAAAUAGAAGAUGCUAAAAAUCAGAUAUCAUUGUUAGAUAAUUUAGAAAAAUUAAGAAAAUGUAGACUUCAAAACUGUGUUAACAAAAGAAAAAAUCCACUUUUAGAAAAUUCCUUGAAUAAAUUAAAAAUACUUUGGCAGCAGAAAUUAACAGACUACAAUAAAGAAGAAGAAGGAUUGAAAAAUAUGCUUAUUGAAGCUGAAGCAAAAAAACACGAAAAACGAGAAAUUGAAAUUCAAGAAAAGUUUGCAGAAUGGGAUCGUAUACUUUUUGGUCCAAAUUUUAGGUCUCAUGAAAUGGUGUUUGAUAAUCAUACAUUCCUUGAAAUACGGAGAGGCUGGGAUAAAUAUGUUGUCAAUGAAAAUGAAAUAUCAGCAUCUAGCAGUAUUCCUUUGGGUUGGAUUUUACCAUUAGUACCUUGUAAUACUGAUUGGGCUAAAUAUUCCAAUAAUGCUAAUAUAUUGUAAUAAAUAAUGCACUUAUAAAUUAAAAAACAAAAAAAUAUUAUUUUUUAUUA